CAUCCACUCUGCAUCACACAUCCUGACCCGGCCCUAUUGCGAGUUCGAAUCCCUUCAACCCACGUAUACGACCCAACAUUUCCCACCACCAAAACAACUUACAUGUCCCCCAAAACCCCCGAGACCCUCCACAGGAGCGCCACAACUGCGCCCUAUAUGAACACCCAUCAGGCCCGGAUGCAGGAUCAAGAGAACCGAAAGCGCAUACGAAGGGAGGCCCACCAAGCGCGUAUGCAACAGCAAGCGCUGCAAAAAGAGGCACGAAGACAUGCUCACGAAAUUCGUAUGAUGAUACAAGAGGGUCGAGGGGUGACUCGCACGGGCGAUUAUGGGGUUUCAAUUGACUUCCAGAGGGCUUUCAACGAGCUGACAAGACCUCAGUCUAGUCAGUCAGGGUCCUUGAACCAGAAGCAACAAGUACCAGAACAAGAGCAAGGCAAGGACCCAUCAGGUCAACCAGAGGCCCAAGAAAAAGUAGCUUCAGACAGUAACACGCAAUAAAGCUUCUUCUUCGUAAACCCAUCUCAGGCCCCAUCUCCAGAUGAUUCAACUGGGCCUUUCCUUAUCAGCUGUAGCUCCAACGAAUGCGAAAUGAACCAUUUUUCUCCUUUGC